ACCCGGUACGUGGUGAUGUCGGAGGAGAUCCUGAGGAGCUACCCGGAGCUGGCGCAGGAGGGCCUGCCGACGAUGAAGCAGCGGCUGGACAUCUCCAACAAGGCGGUGACGCAGAUGGCGACGGAGGCGUCGCUCGCGUGCGUCCGCUCCUGGGGCGGCGCGCUCUCCUCCGUCACCCACCUCGUCUACGUCUCCUCCAGCGAGGCGCGGUUCCCGGGCGGCGACCUGCACCUGGCGCGCGCCCUGGGGCUCAGCCCGGACGUCCGCCGCGUCAUGCUCGCCUUCACCGGCUGCUCCGGCGGCGUGGCGGGGCUCCGCGUCGCGAAGGGCCUCGCCGAGAGCUGCCCCGGCGCGCGCGUCCUGCUCGCCACCUCCGAGACCACCAUCGUGGGGUUCCGCCCGCCCAGCUCCGACCGCCCCUACGACCUCGUCGGCGUCGCCCUCUUCGGAGACGGCGCGGGCGCCGCCGUCAUCGGCGCCGACCCGGCCCCCGGCGAGCGCCCGCUCUUCGAGCUCCACGCGGCGCUGCAGCGCUUCCUCCCGGGCACAGACAAGACCAUCGAGGGCCGGCUCACGGAGGAGGGCAUCAAGUUCCAGCUGGGGCGGGAGCUGCCCCACCUCAUCGAGGCGCACGUGGAGGACUUCUGCCGGAAGCUGAUGGCGGAGCGGGAGGACCCGGCCGCCGGCGGCGAGGGGAUGGGGUACGACGACAUGUUCUGGGCGGUGCACCCCGGCGGGCCGGCGAUCCUGACCAAGAUGGAGGGCCGGCUCGGCCUCGGCGGCGACAAGCUCCGCGCCAGCCGGUGCGCGCUCCGGGACUUCGGGAACGCCAGCAGCAACACCAUCGUGUACGUGCUGGAGAACAUGGUGGAGGAGACCCGGCGGAGGAAGGCGGCGGCGGCGGCGGAGGCCGGCGACGGGGAGGACUGCGAGUGGGGCCUCAUCCUGGCGUUCGGCCCCGGGAUCACCUUCGAGGGCAUCCUCGCCAGGAACCUGCAGGCAACCGCGCGCGCGCCUGAACUGAACUGAACUGGUGGUUGAGAGGUGUUGGUGACUUGGUGUUGCCUGCGUGCGCCAUUGUUCGUCUCGUCAAGGGUUAAAGGUCUCAGUGUUUCGUUUGAUUGCUUUGCGUGUGCGAGAGUGACAGCAAUGUCAUUUGUUUACAUGAUCAGUGGAAUAAGUGAGGCUCCAAGAAUUCAUCCUUGAAGUUGGAUGAACAAAAUGAAAAAAAAUCUGAAAUCAAACAUAAUCUAACAAAAAUGUUGUGGUUCAUCAUGAGCUGCACAUGUUCAUCAUGCCACUGCACCACUUCAUUGGUCACAGCAUCAGCAGAGUUUUAUUUUGACAGCCUAGCUAAUGCAAAAUUAAACAAAAAAACAACAACACUGAAAGUGUUGUUACAUUUGGCUCUGCUCUUCAGUU